GGAUACAACAAACGAAACCAAAGUCAUAGUUUCACUUUUCUCUCUUCUAUGGUUUGCAUAGUGUGGCGAACCUGGAAAGAUUGCAACAUUGAAGCUACCGUGAAACCUUUGUAAGAUGGCAGAGCUGGGCAGGACUGUGAGGGUGAGUGGUCUGCCUACAGACAUUGAGGAUGACAGGUUGAGAGACAAACUAUUUAUCCACUUCCUGAGAACUAAGAAUGGAGGAGGGGAAAUUGACUCUGUUGCCAUUGAUGAGGCAACACCUGACUCUGCCCUCAUCACCUUUGAGGACAGUGAAGUGGCACAGAGAGUUAUUCAACAUAGCUGGCACAUUCUGGAAGUGGAUGGGAAGAAGUAUGAACUCAUUGUAACUGAGCAUCACGAGAGCCUGGACCCAGACAAGGUCAUCGUAAGUUUGUCAGCGACUGUAGACUACAGCCAACUUUCAGGAGGAAUAAUAGCAUUGACAGGCCUACAUAGGAACCACCCUGAUAUCCAGAUAAACUACAAUGUUACUAAGACAUUGUGCACUGUGCAGGGCGCCUAUUGCAAAGUCCAGGCUGCCUUGGCAGAACUGCUCGCACAGUCUGGAGGUUCACAAUCAGCAGAACAUAAAGACUCAGCUCAACCCGCUACCAGUGCCCCCAAGUCUACUCAUACAGUGCAAAAGCAUCAUACUUCGGAGCCAGAAUAUUCCAGCAGGACACCAACUAAGCAAAGAGAACAAAGAGAGAAAGCUAACAUUGGCAGGCCUUCUGACAAGCGCAGCUCAAGCUCACAUAGAGACCUUGCACCUGAUGGAUAUGACUGGGAUGAUACAGGGCAGCUGCAAUGUAGAGCUCUGCAGCUGCCUGGGCAUCCGACCAUGUCAGAGUCAGAGGACCACUCACUAAUUCUGGAUGCAGACAUGUUCCAGUAUUUGCAGAAAUGCUGUAGGAAGGAAUACCAGCAUAUCCUUAGUCAGCAUGGUGUUGAGGUGGUGGAUGUGACAAAUCAGGGCUUGACUACUCUGUAUCUGCAGGUUGCAUCAGCAGUAGGGGAGGAUGGUCAAGAGAAAGAGCGUUUGAAGUUGGCAAGCAGGGCAAUAAGUAAGUUUUACCAGGAGAAUGAGACCAAGAUCUGCCGAGCUCAGCUAUCUAAGAAUAUCUUGUCUCCCAAGGGAGGCCUGCGAAGGGCUAUUGAGAAAUUAAGUGUCAGACUUCCCAAGCUUCUUCUGAAUGAAGAUGAGAGUAAUGUCUAUAUUAUUGGGAGCAGCAAUGAUGUGUCGGAGGCUAAGCAUUUUUUUCUCCUGGACCACGGCCAUGAAGAGAGAGGUAAAAAAGAAGAUGUAGCCAGUCUUCUUAAAUAUCCCUCUUAUGAUUCAGGUUCAUCAACUCCUGGUGUUGAGGAGAGAUUUUCUUUGUCCCCUGCAGGACCGUUGGAUGUUAGGAUAGAUCAAAUGCUGCAGUCAGAGGAGAAUGAGAGGAGAGAUGAAGGAGCCAGAAGGUAUAAACUUGCCGCACGGUUUAAGGAUUCAGGGCUGUCUGUAUUAGGGAGUCGACCAGGGGACUUCACUGUACGGGGGUUCUCAUCACCCAGUAGACAAACACGCCCUGGCCCAAUGUUAGGGCAUGAUGUUCUGUCAGAAACCACAGGGAUUGAUGGUGAAAGAGUCUCUAGUGCAGUAGCUCAAAACACUGGAGGUGACAUCUUGUUUAAGAGUGGAGAUGCUUUGCAUUCAUCUGCUUCUAUGCAGAGUAAAACCUCCUUGAACUCAAAUUUAAUGGAUACUCGACCCAAGAGUGCAACAGCCCUUGGCACAACUCAGCCCAGUCUGUCAGGAAGUACUACACUCCCGCCUGUUGGGUAUGGGUCCACGUUAAAGCGAUCCAGCAGUUUUUCGGGAAUGCCUGAGCAUAAAGCUGAAGGUAAGGGUCAGAAGUAUCAAGAUGACUCGGGCAAGUCCAGUGUGAGAGUCAGGGGCAGGUCUUCUAGCUUCAGUAACCAAAAAGGGAGGGACAAGCAAGACGUCUAUAAAGCAGAGAUUACAGUUUUCACUCUCCUGUGGCAUCACAUAAAGGAGGCCUACAACAUGCGAGUGGAAGACCUGACUUCUGAUGUCCAGAUAAAAGAGAGUGGCCCACAAAGUAGCAGGGAUUUGACUAUCAUCAUAAGAGGGGCAGUUUCCUCCAAAGUAAGCUCAUGUCAGAUAGGUUUACAGAAGCUGAUUGACACGGUCCAUGCAGACUUCUCUGUGCAGGAGAUACACUUGUCAGACCUAGGUGUGGCUGACCCAGCAGAUGAAACUUUACAGGUUUGUUGUACUGAGGUGCGUAACCGGUUCAGGAAGGUAACUAUCCAGACUUUAAGCAAUAGCAUAUUUCUUUUGGGCCCAAAGCAAUUGUGUUCUCAGGUAGGUGCUUCACUGCGGGAGGUAUUUUCUGGAGAUUUGGGCCAAAUACCUGAACUACAAGACUUGUCUAGCUUCUCUACAUCCAUCUUGAAUCCGUCCACACAUGAGGACCAGAGUACUAGUCUGCAGGGUCAUAGUAAUGCUCAGGUUACACUAGAGAACCAAACAGGCAAUGAUUUUGAAAACAGUAGAAGUCAGGAAGGGAGAACAAACUUUAGGGGUGACUUUUAUGAGACCGAGCUUCUUAAUGGAUCUUUUAGGCAACCAUUAGUGGGGAAAGAUCCUGUCAUUAAGGAGAAAGUUAAAAUGGCAGGCACUGUGGAGUUGGAUGGACAAAAGAUUGAGACAUUUGCCAACCUGACAACAAAAGGAAAUGAUGCAAGCGCAAGACGUGUAAAUGGUGUUGGAUCAACAUCAACUCAUGUUGAUAAAGAAAUGGGCCUUCAGGAGAAAGAGACAACCAAACAAGGAGAGAUCCAGGACACCCCAGAGGAGUCCAGGUUAGGUCAAGCGGACCUGGGGCCCAUCUGUGUGUGUGGGGAGAGGGGGGUGUCAAUGACAAGAACCGAUUGUGGUGUUGCUAUGUGCUUUAAGUGCCUGGACACUGUGCAUAUCCAUUGCAGAGUUUGUGAUGGGAAAGAGCCGACACCCCGAGGCAUCCAGGGCCAAAUGAGCUACUCUAAACUAAAUAUCAUUGUACCAGGUCACAACAAGACUUUUGCUAUCAAGAUCACUUACCGAAUUCCUGAUGGCAUCCAAGGGGAGGACGACCCUUCUCCUGGAAAACCAUUUUAUGGAGGCGUAUAUGAAGCCUACCUUCCUGACUGUGAGAAGACCAAGAAGCUUUUGCCCAGGCUGAAGAAAGCCUUCAGGCAGGGACUCACCUUCACAGUGGUCAGCAAAGAGACAGAGGCCAGGGUUACCUGGGAUUGCAUCCCACACAAGACCAGCCUACAAGGAGGCAAAUCAGGGAAUGGAUACCCAGAUUCCUCUUACUUGAAUCGCUUGUCUGAGGUCUUGGCCUCACAUGGGAUUAAGGAGACACCAGCCAAGUCUCAAGAAUAAGAAACAGUCAGAGAGUUUAUGUAGUUUGUACUUUUUAUCUUUUUGUGGCAAUGCCAUUUGCACUGUAUUUGUUGAUUCGUCCCAGAUUAUGCUGUUUUGUAGAGCAAAAAGCAUUCUUAUACAAAUUCCAGUCUAUUGAGUUUUAGCUCUUAUUGCAGCUAUUUUGUUUUUUUUUUGUUAUAGAACUUGCCUCAAUGUUGUUCAAUUUUCCCUAAAUGUCUGACAAAUCACAAACAUCUUCAUUAUUUUUGUAAUUCCUGACAAUUUAUAGCUUCAGCUUUAUUUUGUAUGAGUGCAUUUUAUACUGUAUAGUGUGGAUAGUUUUAUAUAUAUGUAUACAUUUUAUACCGUCCCAAAUGGUUUUAAUGAUUGUUUACUACAGAAUAAUUAAUUUAAAGAAAUCUGUCUUUGCUUUUCUCCUUUUUUAUUUUCAGUAUGGGCACAGAAAUAAAAAAAGCACAUC